AUGACGGGCGGACGCUUCGACUUCGACGAUGGAGGCACGUACUGCGGCGGCUGGGAGGACGGCAAGGCCCACGGCCACGGCAUCUGCACGGGACCCAAGGGCCAGGGCGAGUACUCGGGCUCCUGGUCCAGCGGCUUCGAGGUAGUCGGCGUCUACACGUGGCCCAGCGGCAACACGUACCAGGGCCACUGGGCGCAGGGCAAGCGCCACGGCCUGGGCGUCGAGUCCAAAGGCAGGUGGCUGUACCGCGGGGAGUGGACGCACGGCUUCAAGGGGCGCUAUGGGGUCCGCCAGAGCCUCAACACGCCCGCCAGAUACGAAGGCACGUGGAGUAAUGGGCUGCAGGACGGGUACGGGGUCGAGACCUACGGUGAUGGGGGUACGUAUCAGGGCCAGUGGAUGGGGGGCAUGCGUCACGGCUACGGGGUCCGUCAGAGCGUUCCAUACGGAAUGGCCACAGUGAUCCGCUCUCCGCUCCGCACCUCUCUUGCUUCGCUGCGCAGUGAGCAGAGCAAUGGCUCCGUCCUGCAUGAGCGCCUGACGGACAGUCCUGCCGGGACGCGUGGCGGCUUCGUGCUUAACUUCCACAGUGACAGCGAGCUGGGCGGUCCAGCCCGGAAGAAGGGACUGUUCCGGCGCGGGUCACUGUUCGGCAGCCUGAAGCAGCUGCGCAAGUCGGACUCACGCUCGUCCAUCUCCAGCAAGCGGAGCUCAGCCCGCAGCGAUGCCACUAUGAGCCGCAUCAGCUCCAGUGAUGCCAACUCUACCAUCAGUUUCGGUGAGGGCGAAGGGGCAGACGAGUACACGCCCAUGGAGGACAAUGUGGAUGCCACCACCACAGAGGCCUACAUGGGUGAGUGGAAAAACGACAAGCGCAACGGCUUUGGUGUCAGCGAGCGAUCCAACGGCAUGAAGUAUGAGGGUGAAUGGACCAACAACAAGCGCCACGGUUACGGCUGCACCAUGUUCCCUGAUGGCACACGAGAGGAGGGCAAGUACAAGAACAACGUGCUGGUCCGUGGCAUCAAAAAACAGCUCAUACCCCUCAAGAACACCAAGACCAAGCAGAAGGUGGACCGCGCCGUAGAAGGAGCCAUCAGGGCAGCUGCAAUCGCCAAGACGAAAGUCGAGAUUGCUACAUCAAGGACGGCCCACGCCAGAGCAAAGGGUGAAGCAGCUGACCAGGCCUCACUGUCCGCCUGCCAAAACUCAGACGUUGCCAGAGCGGUGGCCAGAGAUCUAUCCCCCAACUUCCAUCAGCCAGGUCCAGACUACAUCAAGCAGCGGUUCUCCAGCGAGCCAAUCGAGAUAAAAGAAGUCCCUGAAGAAAAAAAGGAGAAAUCCCCCUCAGGAAGUCCCCACUUCUAUCGCAAGGGCACCACGCCCACCCAAACUCCCACCCAGAGCCCAGGGCCCACUCCCCCACCCUCACCCCCCUCCAGCAAAAAGAAAUCCUUCUUUAACCGGAGCGCCCCCAAAACCAGCAAGGAGAGCAAGGUGCCUGAGCGAGCAACCACACCCGUCCCGAGAACAUCCACCAAACAAGAAGUGAAGCACGAAGUGGUUCCUGCUCCACACUCAUCUGCACCCCACAAGCCGUUGGCACCGGCCAUCAACCCCUCCAGCCCUGGCAAUGGUGAGAUCCACUCUCAGUACCACGGUUACUACGUGAAGGCUGAGGUUAUGAUGCCGCCCGAUGAGCCAGACGACGAGGAGCGUCAAGGUGCUUCCACUGCCCUGGUCAGGAUGCCGCAGCCAGUCAAGCAGCAGUACACCGCCUACUCUUCAGGGGGCAGCAGCAAACCCACUUCAAUCAGAGAGAGCAAGCCAGAACCCAAGCUAAAGAAGCAGGAGUCGCUGAAACCAAAGAGUCUAGCAGAAACCAAGAAAGCCAGCAUGGAGAUUACCACUGAUGUGGUUGAGGAGGAAUCAGGCCCUAACUCAAUCCUGGUGGCACUAGUGAUGCUGAUAAAUAUUGGACUAGCAAUUAUUUUCGUCCAUUUCCUGACUUGACACAUCAUUAAACUCAGCGAGUUCUUCAGAACGCGCGGCGUAGGCCCCAUCAUUCUCUGCAGUUGCGUCGACGGCCUUUAGACACACGCCGCUCAGACUCAGACACAGGCAAAGGACUGGACGACUGGAAUUAGAGCGAAAAUGCUGGGGGAGAGCGGCCCGGAGCUGAGCACCACCCCAGUUCCUGCGGCCAUGAUUUGAGACUCGCUUGGGCUCUGUGAAAGCUGAAGCAAAGCAGUCGUUGAGAAUGAAAAAAAAAAGUAAAAAAAAAAAAUCUGCUGAUCCAAGCCGUUCCAGGUCGAAUACAUGGGUGCCCCACUGCUGUGGGACGGGUUGGGUUGGGCUGUGCUGGGCUGGGUUGAGCUGGGGGGUGGAGGGUGGUGGGUUUUGGGUGUUGGGUAGGGUAUGGGUAGUGGGAGGUGGUGGGGGGGAGGGUCUUAACUGGAUAUGUUCGGAGAUGCACUUUUAGUUGACGGAAGCGAACAGCUGCCUUACUAUUUUACCAUCUGACGUUGUUGAGGGGAGAUGUGCAGUACGAUGCCAGUGUGUGUGCGUGUGCGCGCUCGUGUGUUGGUGUGCGCUCGAGUGUGCGUGUGUGUGUUUGUGCUCGGAUGCCGGAGAGUGCGUACCAGCGGCCGGCCACUCUCCGCUCAGUUCAGAACACCAUGCGUGUUUGAAAGAAGAAGAAAAAAGGGUCACUUGCCAGUCUUAUUGCGUUAGCCGUCUCUAAAGCCCCCUGUCUAACUCCUCUUUGCCCACUUUUGUUUUACGGAGGGAUGAUUGAUGCCGAGCUUGUGUGCGGCUUUAGGUUAAUAACUUGAGUCUUGUUUCACUGUGUGUAUGUUCUUUUUUAUCUAUAUAUUGGUUUGAAUACACAAAAGCAAAAU